ACUGCAGUCAGCCACACUACUGAACUAGGGAGCUGACUGAGAUGCACCCGUAUAUUUAGUUAGAUUUAUUUUUUCUUUCUGUUCAUUAUUCUCAUCUUAAACAUGACAGAGUGUCCAAACACACACCACUGAGGUCCAUGUGACAUUAUAAAGAUGGCGUUUAUUAAAGAGGAGAGUGAAGACAUGAAGAUUGAAGAAACAUUCAGAGUGAAAGAGGAAGAUACUGAGACACAAACAGACUUGUUGCUGAAAGGGGAGAGUCAAGAACCGAAUGAAAUGGAAAAGAAACAUUUGAACAAGAAACGUCAUGCUUUAAUAACUGGAAAAAAGUAUUUUAAAUGCUCAACGACAGAAAAGACAUCCUCACAAAAAAAAGCUAAAAGGACAACAACUAGAAGUUAUUUCACCUGCCAAAAAUGUGGAAAAAGUUUUAAUCGAAUUGGAAACCUUCAAGUCCACAUCAGAAUUCACACCGGAGAGAGCCCCUUUACCUGCCUACAAUGUGGAAAAAGUUUUAAUGAAAAAGGAAGCCUUAAUGUCCACAUGAGAAUUCACACUGGAGAGAAGCCUUACACCUGCCAACAGUGUGGAAAGAGUUUCAGUCGAAAGGGAAAUCUAAAGACUCACAUGAGAGUUCACUCUGGAGAGAAGCCUUACACCUGCCCUCAGUGUGGAAAGUGUUUUUCACAGAAAAAAGGCCUUAAUUCCCACAUGAGGAAUCACACUGGAGAGAGCCCUCACACAUGUAAACUGUGUGGGAAGAGCUUCUCACAAAAAGCAAAUAUUAAGACUCACAUGAGAAUUCACACCGGAGAGAAGCCGUUCAUAUGUGUUCAGUGUGGAAAGAGUUUUACGCGUAAAGCAACCCUUGAUUCCCACAUGAGAAGUCACGCCGGAGAGAGUCCUUACACAUGCAAACUGUGUGGGAAAAGCUUCACACAAAAAGAGAGUCUUAAGGGUCACAUGAGAAUUCACACUGGAGAGAAGCCGUUCACAUGUGGUCAGUGUGGAAAAUGUUUCAGAUGUAAAGAAAACCUUAUUCGCCAUGUGAGGAUUCACUCAAGAGAAAACUGUUUAAUGUGUCAGCAGUGUGGAAUGAGUUUUACAGAUAGGAAUCACCUUAAGAAUCAUGUAAUAAUUCACACAGGAGAAAGGCCUUUUAUGUGUCAUCACUGUGGAAAGAGUUGCACAAACAAAACAAAUCUUGAGGUUCACGUAAGAGUUCACACUGGAGAGAAGCCUUUCAUCUGCCCUCAGUGUGGGAAGAGUUUCACACUUAAAGGAAACCUUAAAACUCACAUAAGAGUUCACACUGGAGAGAAGCCUUUCAUGUGUCUUCGGUGUGAAGACUGUUUCAGCCAUCUAAAAGACCUGAAACGUCAUUUGCGAACUCAUUCUGAAAAAGAAAUGGCAAAGUUCCGAGUGUGACAAGGUGUUUAGAAAAAACCUAUUUCAAAUAUCACCUGUACUCUGGAAUAA